UGACAAUCAUCUUCAAGAACAUGAAGCAAUGCAUCGACCAGAAGGUCUACCAGGCCGAGGUCGGCAACGUGCCGGCUGCGUUUGACGACGGCUCCAUGAACGGGGGGCGGCGGGCGGGUGGAAGCAGCCUGACCAUCCACGAGCGGGAGCCGGGCCAAUACAUCGAGAUCCAGGCGGCGUAUAUCGGCACCACCAUCCGCGUACGACAGCUGGACCGCCAGUUGUCCUUCUCCAUGCGCAUGGCUGAGGAGAUCUCGCAGGCCUUCCCAGAGGAGCAAGACCUGCAGCUGUGCGUCGGCGGCUGUCCAUCCGGCCAAUGGAUCUCCGGGACCGAGGAGCUCGGCGGGGGGGCGGUCGUUUACUUCCAUUCCUGUGUCUUUGACUUGAUGGCCUCCGGAAACGCCAACCUGACGGACGCGGCUUUCCACGCCUUGGAAGACGCGCGAGACUUCCACCCCGAGCCGGGGACCUUACAUAUCUUCAGCCCGUCAGGGGGAGGAGCCCGUCAUGGUCGUCCGUGGCCGCUGCCCACUCUUACCACAAGGUGGCAGCAAUAG